AUGAAGAGGAUUAGAUUUCUCGGAGACUAUGGCGAUGGCAGCGGGUCCAAACGCAAGCAAGUAAAGAAAGCUUGUGAUCCAUGCAGGAAGGGAAAACGGAAAUGUAGCCAUGGUAUUAGCGACGAGACCCCGGUGCAACAGGAGGGAGUUAGGCGUCAAGUGACCAUGGCCGUGUCGGAUUUGCUAGAUGGCCAACUCCCUGUUCAUCCCGUGGAUGAACAGCCGCCCGAAUCAUUCGACUCCAGAGAAAUUGAUAACGAUAAUCAGCAAGCUUUACCAUCUACACUCGCUUCACGAUUCACAGCCCCCUUCGCUGGGGCCUCGUCAGCACACUCCCUCUUCCUCUCUAUUUGCACGGCUUCAGGUGUAGAGAUGGACCCGGCACAGCAGCUUCCUCCAUCGCGUAUCCUCCGCCCUUCCUUUCAGGAUAUGAGGGCACCACCCUCCGAGCGGCGCCCGGGCGUCGCCGCAGGCUACUUACCAAUGGUGGUGAAAGCAGUAUUGCCAUAUCUGGAAAUCGAAUGUCUCCAGGUUCUCCCUCCACAGCCAGAUCUUGAUGCUAUCAUAGAGAUAUAUAAGCACGAAAUCCACCCUAUCCUCCCCAUCGUCGAUUUCAGCACUCGGGCAUUUACCGGCCCCGUCAGUCAAGAGAAUCCAGCCACCAUCAUAUUAAGACAGGCUAUCUGUCUGGCCGCUUGCAAGAGCCCAUCGGCUAGACAGUACCUUAACCUUCCGGAGAUUGAAGAUGGGCAAUUCGCUCUCAAAACGCCCCGUGAUUUUGCUGACAGACUCUUCGGUGUUCUAAAGAUAGCUCAAGAUAUCGGUCUUGUUGAUGAUAGAUUAGAACUCGUUCAAGUCCUCGCGUUAAUGACCUUCCACUCCUAUGGCCCAGAUGGCGAUGACGAAGUUGCCCGAUUAUGCGGCUUAGCCGUCCAUUUUGCUUAUUCUUCUGGAUUACAUUACUCCUCACGGCCUGGAGACGUGAUUUCGGAAGCACGCCGUGUGGAGUUACUUUGCUCCCUGUUUGCGCUUGAUAAGAUCGUUGCCAUGAUAACCGGUCGGCCAACAAUGAUUCACAUUAACGAGAUAUAUUUACCAACACAAGACGGCGAUAUAAUGAGGUCGUUAUCCCCAGGUCUUACGUUACUAUUUCGCCUAUGUAAGAUGCUUAAUCGUGUUCUAGACCUCUAUCAGGCGGGGUCGCCCGAUGAGAUAGCGAAAGAAAAUUGCGUUUGGGAAGCAUCGUGGCCCGAAUUUGAAGAGUUGUUUGGACGACCCCUAGAUAUCGCCGCCUUUCGGGGCUAUCUACAAAUUGUUCUCUAUCUUCUGGACUGCGGUGCGGAUCCUUGUCGGGAUGAUUACGGAGAGGACUGGAACUGGAAUCAGGGCUGGCAUUGGAGUCAUUUCAACACAAGAUCCUCGACAAGUGCGUUAGGGGCCGCAGUCCGAGGAGGACACGAGGGUGUCAUCCGGUUACUUAUGCAGCCAGAGUAUAGCCCAUCUCCCCUCAAAGCCGAGUAUUCCCGUGUAAUUCUCGAUGGAGUCGAAUUUGGGCGUAUUCGUUCUGUUCAGUCACUCUUACAAGCUAUGGGUAAACCAUUAUCAGACUUCGCUUCGUUCGGCCACUUAAUCUUUUACACUGCAGUGUUCAGCAACCAAGCAGACUUGGUGCAAAUUCUUCUAGACGAUGGCAUCGAUGUAAACACAUCUGUCUACGACCUAAGCGGCCUAGAUUACGCCGGCGUAAUGUGUUACGCGGUGUCGACGGAGCAUCCUCGCAUGGUCCGAAUUCUUCUCGAUCAUGGCAUCUAUACGGACUGUGCGAAAAACGUAAAUGGUUACGAUGAAUCCGGAAUGCCUAUUGCAGUAGCUGCCAAGCUUGGACAUGAAGAAGUGGUUGACCUUAUACUUGCGCACAGCACCGACCCCGAAUCUCUUGAAAGAGCAUUCGUAUGUGCUGCAGAAGGGGGUCAAGCUCAUUUAAUGAACAAGCUUUGGAAGAAAGAUCCACAGUUGCACACAAAGUGGUGGCCUCGCGAUAACUUAUCUCCCCCAGAAGAUGAAGAUACAGAUCUCAGACGCACAGUGGGCGUCGAGGCAUUGUACCGUGCCAUCCUCGCGAAAAGCCCAGCGGUAAUCUCUACAUUGGCCGAGCACGGUGUUUCGCUCAAUGAGAAAUAUUUAGGCCGGUGUCUCAUGGUGCUGGCAAAAUUCGAAUCAGCGCGAUGGAUAGCAGAUUUUAUGGUAUCGUUAGGCAUUGCUAACCCUAGGAAGGUCGCAUUUGGCACAGAUAUUCCCCGUAUCAAGGGAAUACCAGAAAUUCCCGGCGCGAUUCCAAUCUUCGGCCACCUUCUCAAGCUCGGCGAGGAUCAUGCUAGCAUCUGCGAGAAAUGGUGGCGCCAAUAUAACUACUCCAUCUUUCAGAUAAAGUUGGGGAAUACUCGCGCCGUAGUCGUGAAUUCUUUCGAUGACUGUAGAAAGAUGUUGGUGGGCCAUCAGAACGCAGUAAUUGACCGGCCAAAGCUAUAUACAUUCCAUGGGCUUAUUAGUAGUACCCAAGGUUUCACGAUCGGCUCUUCGCCUUGGGACGACAGCUGCAACAGGAAGCGCAAAGCUGCGGGGACAGCACUGAGUAGGCCUGCCUUAAGAGGAUACCAUCCUAUGUUCGACUUGGAAAGCUAUUGCAUCCUAAGGGAUCUCUAUAAGAACAGCCAAAACGGGGAGGUCGAGAUCAGCGUGCGGCCAUAUAUCCAGAGAUAUGCUCUUAACACGACACUAACCCUCUGUUAUGGCAUUCGUAUGGACGCCGUUUAUGACGACCUCCUACGCGAGAUCCUUACCGUUGGCUCGGCCAUCUCACUCUUGCGCAGCGCAUCUGAAAAUAUGCAAGACUACGUCCCGAUUCUGCGAUACUUCCCGAACAAUGAAAAAAGUGCUCGGUCUAAGGAACUACGGGACCGGCGCGAUGCAUAUUUAAAGCUUCUUUUGGACAAGGUCCGGGAAAUGAUAAAGCGAGGCACCGACAAGCCCUGUAUCUCCGCCGCUAUCUUGAAAGACCAAGAGACGAAGCUUACCGGAGUAGAAGUCUCGUCAAUCUGCCUAUCUCUAGUCUCGGGUGGUUUCGAGACCAUCCCCGGAACGCUGACUUCUGCAAUCGGAUCCUUGUCGACCAAGGAAGGACAGGUUUGGCAGGACCGCGCAUACGAGGAUAUUAAGCGAUACUACCCAGAUAUACGUGAUGCCUGGACGGACUGCUACAUACAAGAGAAGGUUUCGUAUAUCAACGCAAUUAUUAAGGAGGCAGGGCGAUACUACACUGUCAGCGCCAUGAGUCUUCCGCGAAAGACAGUAACGGAGGUGAAUUGGAACGGUGCUAUCAUCCCCCCCAAGACGAUGAUCUUAAUCAACGCCCAGGCAGGGAAUCACGACACCGACCACUUCGGCGCCAAUGCUAACAAAUUCGACCCCGAGAGAUGGCUUAAGAGCCUCGACCCGCCUACAGAGCACGAAUCCACGGGCCUUAGCCACUUGAGCUUCGGAGCCGGGUCUCGCGCUUGUUCCGGCCAAUAUAUCGCAUCUAGACUCCUAUACACUGCUCUAAUACGCCUUAUUUCGUCCUAUAAGAUUGUAGCGAGCGAAACGGAGCCGCCUAAUACGGACUAUGUCGACUACAACGCUGUGAAAUCGGCACUGGUUGCAAUUCCUAGGGACUUUAAGAUUAGGCUUGUUCCUAGGGACACGACUGUCAUAAGGGAUUGCUUAAACGCGGCAGAACGGAGGACUGAGGGGUACUACAAGGGGUGA